GGUGGGGAGGGGGCGGGGACUGAAGACUCCCGCAGUGGGGGGAAUCGGGAGUUUCUGGAUUCUUUAUCCGGUGUUUUGAGGGCCGCCAGACCGAGGGCUGUCGCUUGAGCUGCAUUGAGGAGCGAGUAAGAGCGAGUGGAUCGGCCGCUGCCAGGGCUUGGAGGACCUGCCCACCUUGUGUUUUUGAGAUUGUAUCUCUCAGUGGCCUGGGGCACAGUGAUUAAGCUAGGCUGGCUGGCACCAGAGCCCCAGGGAUCUUAUCUUUAUCUUCCAAGUGAGAGCCACAACAGCUAGAGUUUUCAUGUGGAUUCAGUGAAUUGAACUCAAGUUCUCAUGCUUGCAUCAGAAUAAGAAAGCUAACCUGAAUAUUGGGGGGGAAACAGAGAAGAGAAACACGGAUAGAAAACAAGGUUUUCCAGUUUGCAUAAUAUUUCCCUCAUGGAUACAUUUCAUAGCAUUAUUAUGUGAUAUGAGAAGUUAUUUUUCUUUCUUUGAAGUAACAUGGAUUUUAUACUACAGAAUCAAGAGAAUUGGCUUUAUAGAAAAUUUUGAUAUAUAAAAAGUGGUACAGGUUUUUCUAGAUAACCAUGACAACAUCAUAUAUGAAUGGGCAUGUAACAGAGGAAUCAGACAGCGGAAUAAAAAAUCUUGAUCUUGCAUCACCAGAGGAAUAUCCAAAGCAUCGAGAGAUGGCUGUUGACUGCCCUGGAGAUUUGGGCACCAGAAUGAUGCCAGUGCGAAGAAGUGCACAGUUAGAGCGUAUUCGACAGCAGCAGGAGGAUAUGAGACGUAGGCGUGAAGAGGAAGGGAAAAAGCAAGAACUUGACCUAAAUUCUUCCAUGAGACUUAAGAAACUAGCUCAAAUUCCUCCAAAGACUGGAAUAGAUAACCCUAUAUUUGACACAGAAGAAGGAAUUGUUUUAGAAAGUCCUCACUAUGCUGUGAAAAUAUUAGAAGUUGAAGACUUGUUCUCUUCACUUAAACAUAUCCAACACACUUUGGUUGAUUCUCAGAGCCAGGAAGAUAUUUCACUGCUUUUACAGCUUGUACAAAAUAGAGAUUUUCAGAAUGCAUUCAAGAUUCACAAUGCUGUCACAGUGCACAUGAACAAGGCCAGCCCUCCAUUUCCUCUUAUCGCCAAUGUACAAGACCUUGUACAAGAGGUACAAACUGUCUUAAAGCCAGUCCAUCAGAAGGAAGGACAAGAAUUAGCUGCUUUGUUGAAUGCUCCACAUAUUCAGGCACUUUUACUGGCCCAUGAUAAGGUUGCUGAGCAGGAAAUGCAGCUAGAGCCCAUUACAGAUGAGAGAGUUUAUGAAAGUAUCGGCCAUUAUGGGGGAGAAACUGUAAAAAUAGUUCGUAUAGAAAAGGCUCGGGAUAUUCCAUUGGGUGCCACAGUUCGCAAUGAGAUGGAUUCUGUCAUCAUCAGCCGGAUAGUGAAAGGAGGCGCCGCAGAGAAGAGCGGGCUCCUGCACGAAGGGGAUGAAGUCCUGGAGGUCAACGGCAUCGAGAUCCGGGGCAAGGACGUCAACGAGGUCUUUGACUUGUUGUCUGAUAUGCAUGGUACUUUGACAUUUGUUCUGAUUCCUAGUCAACAGAUCAAGCCCCCUCCUGCCAAAGAAACUGUAAUCCAUGUGAAAGCUCAUUUUGACUAUGAUCCCUCAGAUGACCCUUAUGUUCCGUGUCGAGAGUUAGGGCUGUCUUUUCAAAAAGGAGAUAUACUUCAUGUGAUCAGUCAAGAAGAUCCAAAUUGGUGGCAGGCCUAUAGAGAGGGAGAUGAAGAUAAUCAACCUCUCGCUGGACUUGUUCCAGGCAAAAGCUUUCAGCAGCAAAGGGAAGCUAUGAAGCAAACUAUAGAAGAAGAUAAGGAGCCAGAAAAAUCAGGAAAACUGUGGUGUGCAAAGAAGAAUAAAAAGAAGAGGAAAAAAGUUUUAUAUAACGCCAAUAAAAAUGAUGAUUAUGACAAUGAAGAGAUCUUAACAUAUGAGGAAAUGUCACUUUACCAUCAGCCAGCAAAUAGGAAAAGACCUAUCAUCUUGAUUGGUCCACAGAACUGUGGCCAGAAUGAACUUCGCCAGAGACUCAUGAACAAAGAAAAAGACCGCUUUGCAUCUGCAGUUCCUCAUACAACUCGGAAUAGGAGAGAUCAUGAAGUAGCUGGGAGAGAUUACCACUUUGUGUCACGGCAAACAUUUGAAGCAGAUAUAGCAGCUGGCAAGUUCAUUGAACAUGGUGAAUUUGAGAAAAAUCUGUAUGGAACCAGUAUAGAUUCUGUACGACAAGUAAUCAACUCUGGCAAAAUAUGUCUUUUAAGUCUUCGAACACAGUCCUUGAAGACCCUCCGGAAUUCAGAUUUGAAACCAUAUAUCAUCUUCAUUGCACCACCUUCACAAGAGAGACUUCGGGCAUUGUUAGCCAAGGAAGGCAAAAACCCAAAGCCUGAAGAAUUAAGGGAGAUCAUUGAGAAGACGAGAGAGAUGGAGCAGAACAAUGGCCACUACUUCGACACUGCAAUUGUGAAUUCAGAUCUUGAUAAAGCCUAUCAGGAAUUGCUUAGGCUCAUUAACAAACUGGACACAGAACCUCAGUGGGUGCCGUCCACCUGGCUAAGGUGAAGGGAAUGGCUGUUCUGAGUUGUCACCAUGAACUUUAUUUGGCAAAUCGCCAACAGGAGGAUAGUCUUAAUACUCAGAGUUAAUCUCUUAAACUAGUAAGAAAGGUCCAUUAGGCAGUUUGUACACAACACUUCCUGCACAUUGCUUUAGGGGGCCUUGGCUUGUUUGGAGAUUUAAAAUGGAAACUUUCUUCAGAGCAUUUCGGAUUUAUCUUGGUAAAACCUUUUGUUUUCGCCUUUCUGACUCUUUGCCUCUGGGUCAGAUAUCUAUAAAAACAUGUAUGUAUAUACAUAAUAGUCCAUUGUCACACAGUUAUGAAUAUUAAUAUUACUUAACAUUUAACUUCAAUGAAUUCAUGGGAUUAUUGAGAGAAGGGGCUGUGCUUCUGUGCACUGAGAAUAACAGUAUUUUCUUAAACAACUAACUUAGUAAUCAGAAAUAUUUCUCUUAAAAAAAAAAGAAAAAAAGGUGCCACUUUAGUUUGGAGCAACUUUUCAAGUUUAAAUUUAUUGGUUAUAUUUUUCAUUCUGAAAAACAUUCCAUUAAAAGUACCAGUUUUGCUGGGCAUGGAAGUGCACGCCUUUAAUCCCAGCACUCAAGAGACAGAGGCAGGUGGAUCUCUUGAGUUGAGACUAGCCUGGUCUACAGAGUGAGUUCCAGUCUGCACAGAGAAACCUUGUCUCAAAAAACCAAAAAUAAAAAAAUUAGUCCAGCCCUUUAGCUUAGUUUUUGUGACUGAGAAUGCAGCCUCCAGUGUAGUUACAAGUAUACAAAAGAUGCUGACAUUUUUAAAAGAUAGAAUUUUCUGAAUUACUUUAGUCAAUUGUGAUUUGAUAGCCUUGACCUCCUUGCUCUGAUAAAGAGCUCAUAUAAACUAUGUUGACCAUUAAUUUUUCUUGUGAUGCAAAUAUUUUUAUGUCAGUGAAAGAUCAUAACACAUUUGACAGUUUCUGCAUUUUCAUAUCUGAGCACAGAAUUAUAUCUAGGCCUGUGCUACAUAUGUAAGUAUCAAACUGGAAAUCUGUACUGUAUACUGAUAGUUAAUUGAUUAAUAAAUAGUUGUGUUCUUCAUUGGACUAAAGUUUUAUACAUACAUACACACUGAGGAAAUACUGACAACUGACCUAGAGAUCAGAAGGAAGUCAUUGAGCAUCUUAGAAAAGGGCAUCAGAGGAAAGUUUUAUUAAGCGUGUACAGAUAAAUUUUUGUCCUAACAGUCUUCCUUGUGACUGAAAUACAGAAGCUUGCUAAAUCUUAAAUGUUCAUGCUAAUGGGAUUUUUGUACUGUCUCUUUAGCUAUAGCUUUAAAAUUCAUUGUCUACAAAUCCACACAGAAAGUUAACUUGUAGUCUUCUCAAGCCUUUAAGGAAAAUGUUCUGUGUGACAACCAACCUCAAAUGUGAAUGUCUUGAUUUUAUGUAGCUACAGAAUUUCAUGUUCCCAAAGUUAAACACUGGAAUGACACUGACUUGCCACUUAGCACAAGCAGUUGGUGUUAAUGUCUUGUUAGUGCUGUUUGUGUCUGGUUUCUCUUCUGGAUCUUAUUGGAACAAAUGCAGAGUGUUUGUGAUGUCUUUUUAUGUUCAGUUUUGCAUGGCUUUUGUAGUUGGCUGGCAAGUAUGUCUAUUAGAAAUACUUUCAAAAUAAUUUUCCUUAGGAAUAAAAGCACAUUUUUGUGUUGAGGGAAGGAAUGCUAUAUACAGUCUCAAGUCUGAACACUCCCAGUUUACAGCUGGAAAAUUGCAAGGUUCACACCCUUGUCAGCAUUGAAGGUCAAUUCACUUAGCACUUAAAGGAUUAAAUCUUUUCAUUUUUUUCUCUGGAUUUUUUCCUCAGGAAUGAAAGGUAGUCUGUAGUCAGUAGAUCUUUGUGAUCUGCAUGCCAACUAAAAAUCCUGACUGGUGAGACUUGGUGCAUACCUGUAACCCUAUAGGAAGGCCUAGAGUUUAAGGCUGGUCUGAGUUACAUGAAGACUGUCUGAAAAAAAUAAAAAAAAAAAAUUUAAAGAGAAAGAAAAGCAUGGAUAGAAGGAUGAAUAUUGGAUUUGAGUAAAGUUUUAAGUUAGUGUCAAUGCCACUUGGUGACAGUGGGGCUAUGUGCUAUCAAGACUCUCACACAGACCUUCACAGCAGAGCCUAAACCCAGGCCCAUGCCAUACCAUCAUGUAGUUUUUAGACUGAGAUUCUCAAGGUCAGUGAGAUCCUAUCAUUUUUCUUUACUUGUAAGUAAUGGUAGGAUAGUGUUUAUCCUGAGCUUUGUAAAUCCUAAUGGUGAUGAAUGUACUAAUGCUCAACAUAGUCCCUAAACAGUGAAAAGUUAAGCAGUGCUUAAAAAACAAAAAAAAACAAAAACAAAAAAAAACCCAAACAAAAAGCCUUGUUUUACAUGUGAUAGUAUAGCCAUUAGGGCCAAUUCAAUUUCAUAUCCCUCUGAGAUUCUGAUUGGAAACUGCCGUGCCAGGGAAUUCUUAGCCACUUAUAGAAAUGAUAUUGUGGUUGGCUGGGAACACAGCUCAGUUGGUAGAGUAUCACCUAGCAUACACAAAACUCUUUCUGCUGUGGCAGAAAGCCAGCAUGGGUGUUCAUGAGUGUAAUCCCAACACUUGGAAAGUGGAAACAGAAUAAUCUGCAGCUCAAAGUUACCAUCAGCUACAUGAGACCCUGUCUCAAAAACAAAGUAGGUAAUACCAGCUAGUAACAUGUCCUCGGGGAAAUCCAAACAAGGACGUACCUUCAUUUCUUAGAUUUUCAUACUUCAGAAUAAAUAGGAUGUUAGUACUUAGACUGGUCCAGAUUAGCUUUCGAUGAAAAUCUAGUGUAUGGAUUGUUUUCCUUCUCUCGUGGCCUAAGGAGUUAAUAUUGAUAAGGAAUGAUUUGAAUGUAAUUUUUUCGAAUGUGUGGAAAGUAUAAACCAGGGAUUUAUUCUUAAUGAAGGUAGCCACUGACAUUUGUUGAUCCUCUUUGUACUGUCUUGUUUCUGCACUCGUUAUUUUGAGAUAUACUGCACAAUGUAUAUAAAAAUAAAAAGUAAACCUAUAUUUCAAAUUGUAAAA